AUGAAGAAAGAGAGCCCCGCUAAUCCAGUACCCUUGGACUUUCCUGAAGGUGGCCUUGCUGGAUGGGCCACGGUUUUGGGAGCAUUUCUUGUGCAGUUCUGUGGAUUUGGUUAUUCGGCAUCCUUUGGUGUUUACCAAGCUUAUUACACCACGGUAUACAUCACUAAUGAGACCGCCUCUACAAUUUCAUGGAUCGGUGGCGUAAACGCGUCAAUGUCAAUAUUCAUCGGUUUGGUAUCAGGAAGGCUUUUCGACAAAGGAUACUUUUAUCACAUGGUAUGGGGAGGCGCUGUACUGGAUAUCGUGUGUCUAUGGCUUUUAUGUCUUGCUAAACCAGAUAGCUUCUACCAGAAUUUCCUCGCGCAAGGUCUCGGUUGCGGAAUUGCGCAAGGAAUGAUGUACCUUCCCUGUAUCGCCGUCGUAUCACAUUAUUUCAGACAACGACGCGCACUCGCUAUGACCAUAGUCGCAUCUGGAUCGUCAAUGGGGUCUAUCAUACAACCUAUCAUGCUUAAUAACCUUCUGAACACGAAUGGGUUCAAGACUGCGGCCGUCGCCAAUGCUGCUUUGCUCACGGGUAUACUGGUCAUUGCGUGUGCCCUGAUGCGCACGAGGCUUCCCCCUCCGCCUACGUUGAUGCCUUUCAAGACCGCUAUCAUCAAGUUCUCUAAAGAUGGAGCCUAUGUCAUGGGCUGUUUAGGUCUGAUCAUCUUUUCCAUUGGCUACUACUAUCCGUUAUUCUACAUCCAACUCGACGCCGAGAAACACGGUCUUUCCUCCCACAUCAACUUCUACGUCUUGGUCAUUUUGAACGUGUUCAGCUUCCUUGGACGUCUCAGUCCUGGUUUUCUCGCUAACAAAGUUGGUGUGCCAAAUCUCAUUACGAUGGGCAUGUUCGGGUGCUCCGUUGUAAUGUUAGGCAUGAUCGGAGCGAAAUCUGUAGGCAGCUUCAUCGUCAUUGCUAUUCUCUAUGGAUAUUGCGCAGGAACAUUUAUAUCUCUUGCUAAUCCCCUCCUGGCUGGAUUCGCUACAGACCAGAUGGAAGUUGGCGCUCGUAUGGGCAUUGGCUUCACUCUUUCCGGUAUCGGUGCUCUAGUCGGUGGAUCUAUCGAGGGAGCUCUUCUGACGACCGAGUACGUUUGGUGGAAGCCUGCCGUGUUCAGUGGUGUAUUCGCACUCGCUGGAGUAGCCCUCAUGGUAGUAAUGCUGAUCAUGAUUUACGAGCGCAAAAAGGCAAAGGCAAAAGCGGCCGCUACUGCUAAUGCUUCUGAGAAGGCAUAA